AUGAAGGCUACAAACGAUCUUCUGUUGGUUGGGAUUGCCGUGACCUUGGGCUCGUUCCUCGUUUUCCAACAGCGGAGGCGCAAGAGGCCAGCGGCUCCUCUUCCUCCUGGGCCUCGCCCACUUCCACUGAUUGGGAACAUUUUUGAUCUGCCGGCCGAUAAAAUUCCAGAAUAUGAGCAUUGGGCGAAGCACAGAGACAAGUAUGGCCCGAUCACUUCGGUGACUGUGUUGGGGCGAUCCAUUAUCGUCCUCAAUGACAAACAGAUCGCGGUCGAUAUCUUGGAUAAGAAGUCUCUACAAACGGGUUCCAGACCCUGGCUAGAGUUUGGCUUCGGAUUAUGUGGCUUCGAAAAUUAUACAGGCGCACUCCCAUAUAAUGAAACCUUUCGACUUCACCGAAAGCUUAUGCACCAGCAUAUGGGCACAAGGACCAUGGUUGAGAGCUUCCGAGACACCCAACAAGUCGAAGUUUCAAGAAUGCUUCAACUCAUUUUAGAUGAGCCCGGCAAACUAUUGGAUCACCUAGAGCUUAUAACGGGCUCAUCGAUCAUUAAAUUGACCUACGGAUAUUCUAUCGAUACUACUCGUCGCGAUCCAGUUCUAGACCUUGUUACCCGCAUGAUGGCGGUCUUCAAUAAGGUGGCAGGAUCUGGGGCCUGGGCAGUCGAUGUAGUGCCUAGUCUGAAAUACCUACCAGGCUGGUUUCCCGGGGCUGGGUUCAAGCGAACGGCUUGUGCUUGGAAAGCUGAAGUUUUAGCAGCAGCGGAGAAGCCGUUCCAGUUUGUACAACGGCAGAUGGAAGACAACCGUCACAGGAAGUCGUAUGUCUCUAAUGCAUUGCAACAUGCUAAAGAUCCAGACGAUUCUGCGUAUCAAUCUGGAGUCAAGUUCUCGGCCGCAGCAUUAUAUGGUGGUGGUUCAGAUACCACGGUCUCGACUUUGAGCUUCUUUUUCCUUGCAAUGUUAUUAUACCCGGAGGUACUUCAAAAGGGACACGAAGAGAUUGAAAGAGUUGUCGGAUCUAACCGGCUUCCGAACUUUGAUGAUCGCCCCAGACUGCCUUAUGUGGAGGGUAUCGUCAAAGAGAUGUACCGGUGGCAGCCCGUUGCUGCAUUGAGCCUGCCACAUCAAAACGAUGAAGACUUUAUAUACAGGGGGUACCUGAUUCCAAAGGGGGCUCUCAUCCAAACUAGCCUUCGUGUGUUCGCUAAUGACCCGAAUGUUUACCACGACCCGACCUGUUUCAAGCCGGAGCGGUACGGGGCCCUGUAUAAUGAGCCCGACCCGAAAGAAUUUGCUUUUGGUUUCGGGCGGAGAAUUUGCCCUGGCCGGAACUUUGCCGAUUCUUUUCUAUAUCUUGCCAUUGUACAGAGCCUAGCUGUGUUUCAAAUUACCAAAGGAGUCGAUUCAGAAGGGCGUGAGGUUGAACCGUCGCUCAGCGUUCUCCCAGGCAUUGUUUCCCGCCCGGCUGAAUUCCCAUUCCGCAUCAGUCCCAGAACCAAGAAGUGCAGGGAGCUAAUUAUGGCCAGCGAAACGGCGGAGGCUGUCGAGGGGAGCGAUGCUGAGUUCUUCGAACGCUAUGGGUUAAUUUCCGACGGCUCUGUGGGGAAAUAA